CUAAUGUUUGUUUUUAAUCAAAUAGAUUUACAGACAUUCAAAUGAAUAAAAGGGAUAUCGGUUUAACUGUACCCGUCUUUUAGUUUUACGUUUGUUUACAUCAGUUGAUACGUCAAUGUGAUUUGCUCAGCAACGAAAAACAUAACCUGAUAUUGAAAUAAAUCUAUUAAAGAUUUUUCAUUAAAAUAAAUGCUUCGCUAUGUCUUGUCAUUUGGGUAAACGUGCUUUGAUUGCAAACAUAAAAUCGGUGAAAAGUGCUUUAUCAUUUACGGAAGACGUUGUGGAACCAGAUGACUAUUCUGCUGAAGCCUGGAACAGUGCUUGGGAAUUGGAGGACCAACCAGAAGAAAAAUUAGCUGAAGUUACUAAACUAAAAGGAGCAGAUCAAUCUUGGUUGCAAAAUUGUGUGUCUUCAUUAUCACCCACAUUAGAUAUUUUGGCUCUAGCUCAUGGACAAAAAGCUGUGUUUCUUACGUCCAAAUGGGAUGCUGCUGAAGAAGGUGAAAUAAAAAUGAAGUUUACAACAGCGUUUGAAGGAAAGUUGUCUCUUGAAAAGGAUGAAAAUAUCACAAGUAUCUUCUGUCUUCCUUUGGCAUCUCAGAAAAGAAGUCUUCAAGGUGGCCCUGAUUGGACCUGUAUUAUUGUUGGCUUUUCCUCUGGCUUUAUUAGAAUAUAUACUGAAAGUGCUGAUAUUCUUCUUUCACAAAAGCUACAUGAAGAACCUGUUAAUCAUCUAAGAUGCAAGACUCAUGUUCCUCAUCAUUUUACUAACUGCGCUGAUCAGCCUGAUGAACUAUUAAUUGCUUUCUCAACUGUAGUUGUUACUAUUGAUGGAUUUGGCCUUUUUCAAACUUUAAGGGCUUGUAGAAACCAACUGGCACGAGCUGCUGCUGGUAGACAAGAAAUAGUUCAACCUCCUCCUUUGUCUUAUAAAAAAUGGGGAUUUCAUGAGCAUGAUAAACUGAUUGAUUGUGAAGCUGCUGGUGUUAUGAAUACUACCCCAUUCGAUCACCUGGUUACAGAAUCAAUUCGUAAAGGUUUUUAUGGAACAGUAAAACCUACCGUGCCUACUAAUUCAUUGCUCGUUACAACUGGUUGCAAUCCAUAUGUUGGCUAUUAUCAUGCGUCAGAGGGUGGCAGUCAGCUUUUAUUAACUGAUGUUGUUCAUGCUGUUGCAUCUAAACUUAUGAAUUUCAUAUCAAAUUAUAAUGCUGGUGGUUUUGUUGGUGGACUUAUGGGUUUCAAUCAAGCAAAGGAACAAAAGUCUCAACCUAAGAUUGAACCAGCUACUAUCCUACCUUUAAGAUUUGGCCUGUAUGACAAAAGAAGACAGGGUACCUCAAUAUCAUUAUCCCCAAAUAAAUGUUUAGCCGCAAUGAACGAUGCCUUUGGAAGAAUAGUUUUGUUUGAUAUCUUCAAAGGAGUUGCUGUUCGCAUGUGGAAAGGUUACAGAGAUGCACAGUGUGGAUGGGUGGAAGUUGAGGACAGUGUAACCAAAGAUAUGAAGGAUACUGAAAAGAAACCUAGGCGUGUUUUAUUUUUAGUAAUCUAUGCUCCAAGAAGAGGAAUAUUAGAAGUGUGGUGUACUCAACAAGGUCCCCGAGUUGCUGCUUUUAACGUUGGUAAAUCUGGACGAUUAUUUUGUCCUGGAUAUGCUAUAGUGGGUGGAAAUUUCAUGAACUCCCAACUUACUAAGAGUAACCCUUGCUCUUGUUAUUUCUUGGAUGUAGAUGGGGUAAUUAGGAAAAUAAUUGUGCCUUUCCAUUUAGUUUUAAGUGAGAAAAACAGUCGGCGUGCUCGUGACUUGCAUUUACUUAGGGAAGUUAAACUAACUCUCAAAAAUAAUGCUAAAGGAAAAGCCUUUGAGAUUAUUAAAAUAUUGAGAGAUAUGAGGACAUCUUGCACUAGAAUUCAGGCUCUUCAAAAUAUUUUAAGCAAUAGGCAUUCGUCUGUGGAAUUGGUCGAUGAAGUAGUUUCUGCUCUGUUGAGUCAUUUGAAAAAACUAGAUCCACUUCAGAUGGAUCAUGAAGCCAAGCUUCUCCAGCAAUGCUGUGUACGAGCUUUACAGUUAUCAAAACUAUAUGCAAAUGUAAAUGAAAUAAAUAUAAAAUCUUCUUCAACUGCUACUACCUCUCCUGCUGAAACAUCUGUAGACAUUCAGAUGUAUUCCAGUAGUCUGUGUAUUUCGGAAACUGAAGUUGGCCGAAUACUUUCCCUCGUAACACUUCACCAGAACGUAGUUCCUGUCUUGAAAAGACAAGUACGAUUUACUGAUGAUAGUGCCACUGAAAUGUCUUUCUCGGAUUUUAUGAGCUGUUUUGUUGUUCAUGAUACUCAUCUUAUUAAAUCAGGCUCGGACCUUCUUUUACAGAAUCUGCCUGUUGAUUUAGUUCCCAGCAUUUCUUGUAAACAAAUAGAAUCAUUAGGUGGGUUUAUAUUUCAUAGCUCAAUUCAUGUUGGAUCAUAUUUUAGUACACUACAAGUUGCUCUUAAGGAGAGUGGAAUUCUUCCAGAAAAAUUGCUGAUUCUUUUAUUAAAGCAUUGGGUAUCUGAUGCAGGGUUCUGCUCUAGUGCCGAUAAAUGGAUUAACUUGCAACAAGUAAUGAAACAUAUCAGCACUUUGAGUGAUCCAAAGUUUGUUAGUUCAAAUUCCGAACAUGUAUCACCUUGGUGGUCAUCUGUUCGAGAAGCCUUGCAUAAAGCUACUGGUAAUGUUGCUGCGUACAUUGGUGCGGUAGUUGCACGUUCUGUAUCUAUCAUUAUGGCAGCCUCUUUUAAUGUUGAGCUCAAAAAAAGUGAGAAAAAGAAUCCUGACCAGGAUCAUGAAGAGAGCGGAGAAAGUGACUGGGAAUCAGUUUCGUUGGAUUUGGAGCAUUGGAAUUUGUUAGUUAAACAACUGGAGGAUGUCUUAAUGUUGAACAUUCUACUGAAAAGUCAACCUAAUGGAAAAAGUAUAGUCAAGGAUACUAAUAUAUCCAUUGAGACUAUUCUCAAUGGAGGCCAAGGGUCUGUAACUGACUUGAUUGCAGUUUGGGCAGUAUCUGUUGGAAUAGAACCUGAUACUUUAUCUUCUUUUCUUUCUAUUGAUGAUACAGAUGAAGGACCAGUGUUGCAAAAAUUUCUUGAUGACAAAUCUGAUUCCAGAUCUUUAAACAUAGUUAAAGGUCUUUUGAAGGAAGUGAAGAGAAAGUUUCCUAAUAGUUUAAACCACGAUGCCUUGUUAGCUAAUUGUGGUUGGGAGCAUUUAAUGCAAUGGAGUAAAAACAAAGAUCACACUUGUCAUUUGGAUAAAACUCUUGGCUGCUUGAAUUUAGUAAAAAGUUCUGUUAUUAAGAAUGGUUUUUCAUCAAUGAUGUGGAAAACAUUCAUUUUAAAAACCUUUGAAGCUCUUGCACAUCUUAUGGAAAAAGUUGGCAAAACUCCUAAAGAAAGACUCUGUAGAAAAGAUUUAGAAAUGGCUGACAAUCAUCUGGAAGAUUUCUUAGAAUUUUGUUGCCAAUUGUUAAACAUUAUAUUAGAGACUAAUAUUCCUGCUGAAGUUGAAGAAAAACCUAACUUAGGUGUAGAAAUAUUUUGGCAGGGGCAUGAAAGUACAGGCCAUGUACCACUAAUUACUAUGGCCUUGAAUCAAAAAGCUCCAAGUAAUCAACAAGUUUAUUUACAUUUGAUGGUGUCUACUGUUCUUCAUUUAAUUGUGACUUUUCAAUUGAAAAACGUUAAACCAUUAAGCCUUUUUAGCAACUCGGUUAAAAAGUAUUUCUUCAGAGAACUUAGUUACCAUGCUCAAGAGGAAACUGGGAAAAUUGAUUCUACAUUGCAAACUAAUAGAACUCAGUUUUUAUUGAGAGCAACAUCAGCCGUUGUUCAAGGUUUAUCUGAAAAUGUACCUGAAUCUUCUAAUGCUAACGAAAUCACUGUAGCUGCUAUCAACCCUGCUGCUUCAUCUGCUGCUAGUAAAAGAUUUAACUGUAUACUUGAAUUGGCAAAUGGCUGGGAUUUAGAUUUAGAUGAAGUAAGGCGUCAUUAUGUGUGUGAAUUGUAUUCAGGAGGACAUGAUUACUUGGCUCAAGAAGUACAAACCCCUGUGAAUGAUAAAUCAGUAUUAGCUUCUCAACUUCUUCUUUUAGCAGGACAAAGAGUUAAUAAACUUAUCUUUGAAAGUGGAGAUCCUGCUAGAAGCCUGGGUUGUAUGACUCCAGAUGUAACGACAUUCUUAAAGAAAUUGGGUGAUAUUACUUUACGAUGCAACAAUGUGCCUCUAAAUCUGACUGCAACACUUAUUGAUCAAGUCUUGGUCCAUUUACCAGAAAAUAACCGUGAGCAAAAGCUGGCAAUUGCCUUGAAAGAUGCUGUUCAUGAUUUAUCAAAAAUACAUUCUAACCCAUCAUGAUUAUAAUCGAACAUAUUUAUUUAUUAAAUGCCUUCAUGUAAAUAAUCUAUUCCUAUUCUAUAUUUAGACUAAUUUAAAGGAAUCGACUAUUUAAUUUUUUUAUUCCUUUUGUAGGUGUUAAUUGUUAGAGUUUAUAUGUAUUUUAAAUUGUUUUUAAUAUGAUAGCAACAAGUUUUCUAUCAAUAUAUAUUUAUUUCUAUUUUUCAUUUCAAACUUAUACUGUGUCAGCUCUUUUAUACUUAGUCAUACAGGUAGGCUUGCAAAUAAUUAAAUGUAAGCUAUUGAGUAAAUACAAAUUGCAGUUUUUUAUAAUGUUAAAAUAGAUGAUGUAAAAAAUAUCAAGUUUGUACAACGAUAAAUAUUUUAUUUCAAUGUCUCAGUGUGCAAUGUAAAUAUAGGAAAUUUGUUAAAUUAUUGUAAUACAUUCUUUAAUUUUUUAUUAAAAAUAUCUUUGCCAAAAUAUUUUAAAUGAUAUAUUAGUUAAAGAUUGAAAGCUUAUAAAAAAUAUUUUUUAGAAUAUUUUCUUAUUAAAUGAUAUCAAAUUCUUUAUGUAACUUUUGUUGUUUAAAACAUAUAAAAAAUUCUGUUGUAAAAAUAUAUAUAAAGGAACCAAUUAUGGAACCCUAUUACUAUCAAUUUAAUUAUGGAACAUUGGAACCAUCAUUCAAGGUAUCUGAAUUUUUUUUACACUAAGCAAUACCUUCUAAAAUUAUUAAAAAAAACAUUAUGAAUAACUUUAGUUUACAUAAUAGGGUUAGUAAACUAUUUUUUUAAACCUUAAAGUUUCCAUUUGUUUAUUGAAUUUCUAUUUGAUAUAAGAUUUUAAAUAUAGCAUAGUGUAUAUAUAUAUAUAGUCUUAAAUGUUGCCAAUCCUGUAUACUUGAUUUAUAAAGAUUUUUUUUUAAAUUCAGUUAUUAUCCUGUUUAAAAUGUACAUUUUUUUUUAUUUCGGCAUCUCGGUGUAUCUUGUAAAUAUAAAAAACAUAGUUAAAUUGUUAUAUUAAAUGGGGUUAAUUCUAUUACCUAAUUCAACUUUCUGGUGUGGAAUUCCCUGAUUUCGUUA